AUGCACCCUUUCAUGAUCGCCAAUAAUGUGCAGACGUAUCAGAUUACCGUCAUCCACGUGAAGCCUCACUUCAGAACAUUGAUGCUGACAGGCGUCCUGGACAACGGUGAGGAAUACACCGAAUGUAUUGAGGGCAAGCAUGUUGAGCAGAGUGUACUGGCAGUUCCAGAGAGGUUGGUAUCCAUGCGCGUGGAGGCUGUCUUUGACCAGUUCUACUUCAGCAUCCCAUCUCGCAUUGCCCGACCUGAUCAGAUCACGACUGUAUACAAGACCUUCGAAGAGGAUGUUUUUGUCCACAAGUGGAGCUGCGAUGGCUGGUGUCAGCGUGAGCUGCACUGCUUCGGCUUCCUUGAGAGUCCACGAGGCUGCUACUUCGCACUGGGCCCUUCCAGCGAUGUUCGCUGCGGCGAGAUGCAUGAGAAUUCUGGACGGUCUCUGGACGACCUCAACUUGACUGCUAAAAUCUGCAGCAUUGAGGGCGUACCGAACUGCCUCCCAGCCCGAGCCAGGAGCGGUGUGGUGGAUGCAGACAUCUCAGAUCUCAUCAUGCGUGAUGGGAUGGUGCAGCCUCAUCGAUCUGUGAUGUUUGAGGCGCGGGUGAUCUCAUCAUCAUCUCUUCAUAACUUCCUGGAGCAGAAGGUCUCCUUCCAGCCAGGUACUCCCAGAGUGCGUCUCCUGGCCCAAGCUGAGUUGUCCAAAAGGGCACGACACAGUGCUAACAUUGAGAUCACCGAAUUGCCGGUGUUUGGGGUCGUUGCGCAGCACAUGGAUAUUCCACAGAGUCUCGAGCUGUCUUUGGACUAUGAUGUCCUUGAGAUGAGCACGACCAAUUUCAAUCUGUAUGUGGCAGCGCUCUUGGAGGAUGAGGACUUCUACGUGGAAUGGACAGAGGGCCAGCUCCAGACCUUCAGCGUCCAACAGAUUUUUGUAAGAUUCAGCGAGUGUGACAGUGAUCUUCAAAGGAUGGCCUACUACGAUGCCUGUGGAGGAUCUUGGAAUUCCAACAUGGCUGCAGUGACCGUUAACAAAUGGCAGCCAAGAACUCACCUUCAUGGCUGGAUAAAGUCAAGAGUACCGCAGAAGCUCUUCAGGAUCCGCGAGAUCCAUGUCUUUGUGACAUUUGCUGGAAACAACCUGCAGCCGCUACAGAGUCACGUCCGACGUUCUUGCCAGCUGCCAAUCUGUCGUGGCAACUUUGACAAGUGUGUCGCUGCCUCAUGCAAAACGGACAAGACGGACAAGUGCAAGGAGGCUUGUUUGACUGAAGCCUACAACGUCUGCUCUGAGCAGCAUAAUGAUUCACAAGAGCACGAGCGAGGAGGAGACCUGGGCAUGUUGAUUCCCCGCAGCAUGAGCCCUUUGGACCACCGUUCUUUUGCUUCAACGAAAGUGUUUCGCAGCUGGACGAACGUACGAAUCUAUCCAAAGUUUGAGCAGUAUUUCACCGCAGAGGUGCUUACAGACAUCGCUCUUCACUGUAAGUAUCGAAGUGGCCUGCUCAGCCUCGUCAGGCCUUACAUGCUUGAGCACAUCAACGCACCAAAAGGCUUCGAGAUCCUGGAAGCGCUGUCCAGUAAUGGUGAUGUUAACCUGAACGACGCCUUCAAGCAGAGUCCCGUUUUGCUGGCUAUGUUCGAUGGCUCCCAAAAGGCUUUCCUGAGAAUGCUAUCGCUGCCGGUGGUGGCCAUGUACAAGCCACGGCUGAGAGCGCUCACCCUGCCAGUCUGCCUGGCUACCGACCCUCGAUCCGGUUUUCUCAAUAUAGACCUCUUCGCGUACUUUGUUGACAAGCUGCUCGUGGAUGAUCUGGGGCAGCCAGAGGAGGUAUUUCCGGCACGCAAGACCCUCUUCGACCUUAUAUCAUGUAUACAGAGGAAAGGGAGGCAGUUCAAGCCAUUUCCUUCGUCGGAAUGUCGAAGCCAUGCAUCAUUCCACGUGCGGCCAGAUGGAUCAAAACCAUCUCUCUUUGCGCUGGCGCCGGAAGAGAUUGUCUUCGAGGGUCUACUGCAAGUCUGCAGAUUGGAUGGAGACUUGGAGGAGGACGGCCGAAACGUCUUGCACUUGGCCGCGCAAAAGCAGUUCAGCGACGCGAUUGAACUUGUAUUCGACAGGAAGGCCAGUGAGAGGCCCCCCAUCAACGCAGAUUACACAACAACCCGCACAGUGGGACAGCUCAAGCUGUGGGAGGUAAACGUGACUGCGAUGCACGAUGCGUGCGCCUCGCAAUGCCACAAUUGUGCGAACCAUUUCCUGCGCCAUGGCGCUGACCCAGAGCCGGCAAUGAUGUACAAGGGCUUCCCGGCCUGGUUCGGGGAGUCUGCGCUUCACCCAUGGAUGUAUGAAGCUCUGACCGAUUUCCAGGAGAAGGGCCACAAACAGUUCAGCUAUCCAGUGAUUUCGGAUGUGCGGCCGGUACACAUAGCAGCAAAGCGCGGAUGCGCUGCAUGCAUUGAAACAUUCGCCAAUCACGGAGCGCGUCUCAAUGAGUCCAUGGCUCUUGGACUCGAGCAUAGCUAUUACCAGCGGACGGCAGCAGGCUUUCAACAGGUCAAUGUCAUGGGAGUGGAUGCGUGCUUCAUCCAGGCUUUGGAUCUGGCUCUGGCGUUUGGCAAAGAAAUGACUGCGAUGGCUCUCCUGAAUGCUGGUGUUCCUAUUUCUCGCAUAACAGUGGAUUCCAAAGGCAAGCUUCUGGAUCUCAACAUGCUACAACGCUUGGGACUGGCAAAUGCUACGGGCAAUGAAACGGCCAAUGUGACGCCCGAAAUUGUAAAGUGCAAGUACUGGACAGUGUCAAGUAAAGCCAACAAGAAGGAUGUGUCACCUGGAGCCCUGAUGCGCGUCUUCUGA